CUCCCCCCCCCCCCGGUCCUUGUCCAUCUUCUCGGUCCUUGCGUCGUUUUCUUCUUUCCUCUUAAAACACCCACACCCCGCACUCCCAUCGCGGUUAAUAUCCAAACUACACAAAAUGUACGGUAUCACUCGCUCUCUCCGGGCUACCCCCAUCUCGGCCCUCCGUGCCGCUACUCGCACUACGACCCCCUUCGUCGGCUCGAAGCGCUACAACUCGAAGAUCUCGGGUCCCGUUAUCGGUAUCGACCUCGGAACCACCAACUCGUGUGUCUCCAUCUUCGAGGCUGGCCAGGCCAAGGUCCUCGAGAACUCUGAGGGUGCCCGUACCACCCCCUCGGUCGUUGCCUUCACCAAGGAUGGCGAGCGUCUUGUCGGCCAGCCUGCCCGUCGUCAGGCCGUCGUCAACGCCGAGAACACCAUCUUCGCCUCGAAGCGUCUGAUCGGCCGCAAGUUCUCGGACCCCGAGGUCCAGAAGGACAUCAAGCAGGUCCCUUACAAGAUUGUUGCCCACUCGAACGGCGACGCUUGGGUUGAGGCCCGUGGCGAGAAGUACUCGCCUGCCCAGAUUGGUGCUUUCGUUGUCGGCAAGAUGCGCGACACUGCCGCUUCGUACCUCAACAAGCCCGUCAAGCACGCCGUCGUCACUGUCCCCGCCUACUUCAACGACUCGCAGCGUCAGGCUACCAAGGACGCCGGUCAGAUUGCUGGCCUUGACGUCCUCCGUGUCAUCAACGAGCCCACUGCCGCUGCCCUCGCUUACGGCCUCGACAAGAACGACUCGGCCGUCAUUGCCGUCUACGACCUUGGAGGUGGUACCUUCGAUAUCUCGAUCCUCGAGAUGCAGAAGGGUGUCUUCGAGGUCAAGUCGACCAACGGUGACACUCACCUUGGUGGUGAGGACUUCGACAUUGCCCUUGUCAACUACAUCCUCGCCGAGGCCAAGAAGGCCGAGGGUGUCGACGUCUCCAACGACCGCAUGGCCAUCCAGCGUAUCCGUGAGGCCGCUGAGCGCGCCAAGAUUGAGCUCUCGUCGACCUCGGCUACCGACAUCUCGCUCCCUUACAUCACUGCCACCGCUGAGGGCCCCAAGCACAUCAACAUCAACCUCACCCGUGCGAAGCUCGAGCAGAUUGUCAAGCCCCUCAUUGACCGCACCACCGAGCCCUGCCAGAAGGCUCUCCGUGACGCCGGUGUCAAGCCCUCUGAGCUCAACGACGUCAUCCUUGUCGGUGGCCAGACCCGUAUGCCCAAGGUUGUCGAGACUGUCAAGUCGCUCUUUGGCCGUGAGCCCUCCAAGGGUGUCAACCCCGACGAGGCCGUCGCCAUGGGUGCCGCCAUCCAGGCUGGUGUCCUUGCCGGCAACGUCACCGACAUUCUCCUCCUCGACGUUACCCCCCUUUCGCUCGGUAUCGAGACCCUCGGCGGUGUCUUCACCCGUCUGAUCAACCGUAACACCACCAUCCCCACCAAGAAGUCGCAGACCUUCUCGACCGCUGCCGACGGCCAGACCGCCAUCGAGGUCAAGAUCUACCAGGGUGAGCGUGAGCUUGUCCGCGACAACAAGCUCCUCGGCAACUUCCAGCUCUCGGGCUUCCCCCCUGCCCCCAAGGGUGUCCCCCAGAUCCAGAUCACCUUCGACAUUGACGCCGACGGUAUCGUCAACGUCUCGGCCAUUGACAAGGCCACCAACCGCGAGCAGUCGAUGACCAUUGCCUCGUCGUCGGGUCUCUCUGACUCGGAGAUCGAGAACAUGGUUGCCGACGCCGAGCGCUACGCCGAGUCGGACAAGGCCCGUCGCCAGGUCAUCGAGGAGGCCAACAAGGGCGAGUCGUUCGUUGCCGACACUGAGAAGUCGAUGGCCGAGUUCGAGUCGCAGCUUGACGCCGCCGAGCGUGAGAAGGUCAAGGCCCUCCUUGCCGAGCUCCGCGAGAUCGCCGCCAAGGGUGCCGCCGGUGACGCUUCGGUCAAGGCCGAGGACAUCAAGGCCAAGAUCGACGCCGCCCAGCAGGCUUCGCUCGGCCUCUUCCAGAAGGUCUACGAGAAGCGCAAGGCCGAGGGUGCCGCCGAGGAGCAGCCCAAGGAGAACGCCGAGGAGAAGAAGGACUAA